AUGUCAAAAAGGGGGGCUUCUGUUGCUUUUGAUGAUAAUGUAAAUGUUAAACAAGCAAAAGAAGGCAAAAAACAUUCAUUAGAUUCUGAUGAAGAGGAUAGUGCUGAGGAAGAAGAGAAACGCAAUGUACUAAAUGCCGAUGACAUAGAAGGUGAAGAAGAAGGAGUUGGGGGAUUAGAAGGUGAAGUUAAAAUUACUCCUUUCAAUAUGAAAGAGGAAUUGGAAGAAGGCCAUUUUGAUGCACAAGGACAUUAUCACUGGAAAAAAGAAAAAGAAAUAAGGGAUGGAUGGCUUGAUAAUAUUGAUUGGGUUAAAAUAAAGGGAAAACCUGAGGAUAAAUACAAAAUUUUUAAGGAAGAUACAGAUAAUAAUACUUCAGAUGACUCAGAUUCUGGUGAAGAGAAUGAUAUGACUGAAAAAUAUGAUAUAAUUUCUAACUAUAAAGAAAUCUUACAGCAUAUGAAACCAAAAGAGAGUAUUGCAAAAUGUUUACAGCGGCUUGGGAACAGUUCUAAAAUUUCAAGUGCUGAACGUUGGAAAAGAAAGAAAGCUGGUAUUGUUGAUGAGAAUAGUAAAUUUGUUACUAGAAUUACAGAGCUUUCAAAUCAAAUUUUGACAAAAGAAGGAAAUAUGGAUAUAUAUCAAGAAACAUAUGAAAAAAUUCAAGACAUUAUUUCAAAAGAUAAAUCUCAAAAAGAGGAUCCUCAGUUAGAUAUGUAUGCAGAUGACUUUGAUGAGAAAGAGAAAAAGUGUAUUAAUGGGAAAAAUCAAGGGACAUCACAAAGCCAAACAAAUGAAAAAUCAACAGAACUAAAGUGGGAAUUCAAAUGGAAUCAAGAUAACAAUGAAAUUUCUGGACCUCACUCUACAGAACAAAUGCAUAAAUGGUCCACAGAUGGGUACUUCAAAACUGGAGUUUGGGUUAGAAAACAUGGUGAAGAUAGUCAGUUUUAUAGCUCUAAUAGGAUUGAUUUUGAACUAUAUAUG